CUUACAGCACCCAAACACCAAUUAAACCCUUCUCUUAUCUUUUAACUGUAAACAUUUACACAAGUAAAACUACUAGUGUCCUUCUCCUUUUCUUGAAAAUCAAAGAAAUAUGGACAACCAAAACACCUAUUGCACUACUAUUUCAGAUUUUAUUCAACCCCCCCUUGUUCUACAGAGUCACGUAAUUGGCGAUGAUCAAACACAUGAAGAAGAAGCAUCAAGGAGAUUCACCAUGUUUGAGACAAAUGCCAGGUACAAACCUCAAAAUCCCAGAAAGAAAAGAAGCAAAUUGUUAAGAAUCAAUGAUAACUCCUUUAGAAUCAGUAGUACUAAUCCUAGUACUUCGGGUGUUAUUACUAAGCCUAAAUGUGCCAAGAAACCACCAGACCCUAAUGCCCCCAAAAUUACUAGGCCUUGUACUGAAUGUGGCAAGAAAUUUUGGUCAUGGAAAGCCCUUUUUGGUCACAUGCGUUGUCACCCUGAACGCCAAUGGCGUGGUAUUAACCCUCCUCCCAAUUUAAAACGACCAAUUCAUUCUUCAUUUCCCCAACAAUCCCCCAAUUAUUCCCUUUUACUAACUGACGAGGAUCAUGAAAUUGCCGACUGCUUAUUACUAUUGUCUAAUGGACAGCCUCGUACUCCUUGUAAUGUGUUGUUGGAAAAUGACAACGUUGUUAGGGACGUUGAUCACAUGGUUAUAGAUGGAGAAAAGGGUGUAAUUGAAUCUGGGACAUUUUCUUCUGGAGAGAAUAAUAAUUGUUGUAAAUUUGAGUGCACAAGUUGCAAGAAGGUAUUUGGUUCACACCAGGCAUUAGGGGGACAUAGGGCAACUCACAAGAAUGUCAAGGGUUGUUCUGCAAAUACAAGAAAUUAUGGGGAAUGUAGCCAGCAAUUAGAAGAGGGCAAUAUAGGAAUUAUGUGCAGUGAUAGUGAAGAUACAAUUAGCAAUGAUAACAAGAGGUUGAUGGUAUUGGGACAUAAGUGUAGUAUAUGUUUGAGAGUUUUUUCAAGUGGACAAGCUUUGGGAGGACACAAAAGGUGUCAUGGGGAAAAACUCGGGGACGAAAUAACAGCAGCAACAACAACAACAAUAUCAGCCGUAGAAUCAGACUUAACGCGAGCUGUCAUUGUCAAUCCGAAGGUGCAGGAAAAUAAUGUUGCUAAUUUGGAUCUCAAUUUUCCUCCUGUUACAAUCUCAGGAGAUGAUCAAGAUGAUUCUUCAGCUUCUUAUUCAUCUAUUUCAGGAUUGGAAUUGGACUUGAGGUUGGGACUUUAGUAGGAAUUUGUUAUGAAGAAAUGUACAAAGGUUCUUGUGACGUGUACUGAUAUUAGUGUUAUAACCUAUAUUGGCUAGGAAUAUUAGCUAAGGUUUCUAUCAUAUCAGUGAUGUAGCAUAUAUAGGAGUUUGACUAACUUUUGAAGGUUUUGUUCCUUCUAAUGGUUCCAAAAUUAGGAGUUAGAAUUUCUGUUGUGAUUAAUUUGGGGCUCCUUAAUGACACUGAUAU